AUGUUUCUUAAUGUAGGUUACUACGGAGAGAUCUUUUUAGGGGAGCCUCCUCAGAGGUUUAAUGUCAUAUUUGAUACCGGAAGCUCAGAUCUUUGGGUUGUGUCGAGAAAUUGCGAGCCGGAUGCGGUUUGUCAGCAUCACCACCGCUUCAAUCACACUGCCUCUACAUCUUAUAUUGAUCUUGAGUCAGAACUAAAAGGCUCGUCAGAAAGAGAAACUGGCUUAAGAAAAAAGCUUCAGUAUGGGUCUGGUUAUGUCAGAGCCCAUAUUGGUAAAGACACUCUCCAGGUUGCCGGUAUACGUUUAGAGAAUCAGGCAAUUGGAGACGCCAUCGUUUUAUCACAAGAGUUUAAGAAUACUCCAUUUGAUGGGAUAUUUGGCCUUGGUCUGGCAGAUCUCACUUCAUCUUCAUAUUUGCCGCCGUUUUAUUCAAUGCUUGAACAGGACAUUCUAGACGAGCCUGUUUUUGCUAUUUACACUGAAAUGGGAGGAGGAGAGAUCGAUUUCGGAGCAAUCGACAAAUCUCGUUUUAAGGGUCAGAUGUUGUAUGCAGAUUUGAUCCACGCGGGAUAUUGGAUGGUUCAGACAGAUUUAAUAAAGUGUGGCUCUUACAAAGCGGAAGGACAGAAAAUUAUUAUAGACAGUGGGUCUACUUUAAUUAUCACAUCCACAGCAGAUGCUGAGAACUUUCAUCGUCAGAUACCCGGAGCCGAGAACAAUGGUGACACCACAUGGUCCAUCCCAUGCAAGAGCUACUCGCUUGAGCCUCUUGUAAUAUGGGUCAAUAACGUGCCUCUCACAUUACAUCCAAAAGAUUAUAUUCUGACACCGAUGGGUGCCAACAAAACUAUGUGUCUAUCGGGUAUCUCUGGUCAGGUAUUAGACGUAGCGAAUGCCUGGAUUCUCGGUGGUGUUUUCAUGCGACAUUAUUAUACAGUAUUUGACUAUGGAAAUCAGCGCAUUGGUUUUGGAACCUCCAACAAGCGCAAAACUAAAAGAGAUUGA